CUUCCUAUAAAGCCGCUAAAUGAAAGUUACCCUGGUUAAAGUUACCCUUCUUUUUGUGAAUAUCUUACAGGAAAAAUACCCGCAAUUGGACUAGCGAUUUUUUCUGAGAAAAAGUAAAAUUUCAGAAUGACAAGCAAAUCGUAUGUGGUUCAGAUGAACGCGAACGGAGUGAUUGAUAGCACUGUUGUUAACGGGGCCGAUCUGACGGGCAAAGGAGCGAGAGGGAAUGGCUUCCAUCAGGUCAGUGUAAAUAAAGGCAAAUAUCCAGCCAAAGUAAAGAGCCGCAGGCAGAGAUGGGACGUCAGACCCUCAGAGAUGGCGAACAAAACUUGCAAUCCUAUUAGGGACAUUGUGGAUGGUAUGAAACUCACGCCUAAUCCCGAGAAAGCCAUGAUCGCUCUUUCCAUAGGGGACCCCACUGUGUUUGGGAACCUUCCUACUGACGCCUGCGUCCUCAAGGCAUUGAAAGAUGCCGUGGAGUCGGCGCGGUACAAUGGCUAUGCGCCAUCUAUCGGUUACCAGAAGAGCCGAGAAGCAGUGGCUAACUUCUACAACAGCUCUCUAGCUCCGUUAGAAGCCAAGGAUGUGGUGCUGACCAGCGGCUGCAGCCAGGCCAUUGAGCUGUGCAUCAGCGUGCUGAGUAACCCGGGAGACAACAUCCUGAUCCCCUGUCCGGGCUUCUCCCUCUACAAGACCAUCGCUCUGUCCAUCGGGGUCCAAGUGAAACUGUAUAACUUGCUGCCGGAGAGGUCAUGGGAAGUGGACUUGGAGCACCUGGAGAGUCUUGUGGAUGAACAAACGACCUGUCUGGUCCUCACCAACCCCUCCAACCCCUGCGGCUCUGUCUUCAGCAAGGAGCACCUGGAGGGCAUCCUAAAAGUGGCUUCAAAACACUGCCUACCGAUCCUGGCUGACGAAAUAUACGGAGACAUGGUUUUCCCAGGAUGCACAUACACCUCCCUGGCGACGCUGAGCAGUGACGUGCCCAUCCUGUCCUGUGGCGGUCUGGCCAAGCGCUGGCUGGUGCCCGGCUGGAGGAUGGGUUGGAUCCUUAUCCACGACCGUAGAGACGUCUUCGGCUCAGAGAUCAGAAAGGGCCUGGUGAAGCUGACCCAGCUGAUCCUGGGAGCUUGCACUCUAGUCCAGGGGGCGCUAGAGAGCAUCCUACAAAACACGCCGCAGCACUUCUAUGACAGCACCACGAGCUUCCUCAAGGCCAACGCGGAGAUCUGCUUCAAGGAGCUGUCCACCGUCCCCGGCCUCACCCCAAUCAUGCCCUCCGGAGCCAUGUACAUCAUGGUGGGCAUAGAUAUCGACCACUUCCCCGGGAUGAAGAACGACGUGGAGUUCACAGAGCGCCUGGUGACAGAGCAGUCCGUCUUCUGUCUUCCCACCACUGCAUUUGAUUAUCCAAACUUCUUCCGCAUCGUGGUGACGGUACCGGAGAAGUUGAUGGUGGAGGCGUGCGGUCGCAUCCGCCUGUUCUGCCAGCAGCACUACCUGCCGCACAGGGCGGACAGCAGCGAGCUGGACCAAUGAGAGCGCUGCAGCUUUAGAGAGAUGAGGUAUUUAAGAGUGAAGCCACCAAGAGGGACUUCACUCCGUUUGUCAAAGUCUGUUAAAGAAUGUCAGGUUACGUGAGGCCCCGCUGCAGCAAGCAAAUGUUGAAGAUGUUUUGUGGCCAGCUUCAACUAUUAUGAUGUAAAUUGCAUAUUUAUAUUUUGUACAGGCAAUUUAUUUUAACCUAUACUUGAUUGCUUGUUGGUAUAUUUUGUUAACCAGUUGGUUGUUAUUAAAUAUAGUAUAUAUAUUAUCUUAUAUAUGAAUGCAAGACAAUUAAUUCAUUAAUUCUAUGUUGUUUUAAAGGAUAAAUUAUAUUUGAUGUGGUACACAAGAGUUUCCCAACUGGGGGUACGUGAGGAGGUUGAUUUUACUUUGUUAUUCCCUCAAAACCAAUAAUAUUUGUUGAAUUUGUUAAAUAUUUAGGUAGAUUGGCUGUUGAUGAAUAAAGUUCAGACCAUGAAUAUAAGUUAACCUGCCUGGGCUAU